UUUAUUGUAAAUAUUUGAGGCAGUAUCCCAGACAGGGAUUAAGCCCAGUCUCGGAAUAAAUAGCAUUUUUAAUGGAGAUUCUACAAGGAAAGUGUAUUCUUACACUAGGCUUAAUCACUGUCUGGUAAAGUAAAUUCAGUAAAGGAGAAAUUCAGUUUUCAUUCACUUUCUAGGAAAAGAGGUGGAAUUUCUCCUCCUUUUCUAUAUAAUGAGGCAGUGGGGUGAUUCCACACCAUUACACUGACAGCUAUAGGCACAGCUCAGGUACAGCCCCCUCAUUAGAAUAGUCUGCUCCUAUUGGCUGACCUCUCUCAGGGCAGUGGUUAUAUCAGUCAACCCUAUGAUAUGGUGUAUUAUAUGCUGCAUUCUCAUUGGUGGAGGCUUGUUAACUCCUCCCCGCUGAACUCUCUGCUCUUCUCUCUAGGAAUGGGUUCAGGGCAAAGGUCUGAGAGACAAUGUGAACGUGCAGAAGAUACUACACUGUACUCUGACACAUCCAGAGACACAGCAUGGACCAGAUUCUGACCCUACCUGUGGUAAUUGGACUGUUUGCAGUGUUAGCCACUGCGCUCUUCUUCUUCCUGAAUGCUGGGUCCUCCACUGGGAAGAAGAAACAGAGCAGAUUCCCCAAAACACUGCAGGGCCCCACUGUGAAAUACCCACUGACCCUCACAGAGAAGGAGGAAAUUUCACACGAUACUAAGAGAUUCCGCUUCAGCCUCCCCUCCUCUGUUCAUGUGCUCGGUCUUCCAAUCGGUCAGCAUGUGUACCUGUCUGCUAAGGUGGGGGGCAGUUUGGUGGUCCGGGCCUACACACCUGUCUCCAGUGAUGAGGAUCAGGGAUUUGUGGAUCUAGUAGUGAAGGUUUAUUUUAAAAAUACCCACCCAAGCUACCCUGGUGGUGGCAAGAUGUCUCAGUACCUUAAUGACCUGAAGAUUGGAGACACCAUUGACUUCCGUGGACCAAACGGUCUCCUGGUGUAUAAUGGAAAUGGUCAGUUUGCUAUUCGGCCUGAUAAAAAGUCAGACGCCAAAGUGAGGAAGUUCAGGCACGUGGGCAUGAUCGCAGGAGGAACAGGCAUUACUCCAAUGCUGCAGCUCAUCCGCAGCAUAACAGCAGACCCUACAGAUAACACCAAGUGCUCCCUUAUUUUUGCCAACCAAACUGAGAAGGAUAUUUUGCUAAGGAAGGAGUUAGAAGAAGUUCUGAAGAAUCACCCUGAUAAAUUCAACCUGUGGUACACACUGGACAAACCUCCACAAGGCUGGAAGUACAGCACAGGAUUCAUUGAUGCAGCGAUGAUAAAAGAGCAUCUUCUCCCAGCGGCCAAUGACGUGCUGGUUGUGAUGUGUGGCCCGCCCCCCAUGAUCCAGAACGCAUGCCUGCCGAACCUCACUAAGCUGGGCUACAAAGAAGAAAACACUUUUGCGUACUAGAGCCAUCGGUAUGUUUGGGAUUGAUUAGUUAUUGAUACAGUUUUGGGUGUGAGUUCCUAUCAGGGAUUAAGCUUAGUCUUGAACUAUUUAGCAUUUUAAAUGAAGAUUUUCCAUUAUUGUCCACGGAAAAUCUAGACUAUGACUGGGAUUAAUCUCAGUCUGGGAAACUGUCUCUUGCUCAUGUUCAGAGUGAAAAUAAAUGUUGUACAUUUAUCAUUGUUUAAAAGAGAACUCUGGUUUAAAAUGGACUUUUGGUGUCACCACAGAUUGUUUGAUCUACGCAGACUGGGGGGUCAUGUGAAGUUUUUUUUCCAUUUUCUCCCAAUUUGGAUAUCCAAUUGUCCCACCCCUUUUGUGCGUCCCCAUCACCGGUGAUGCCCGUGACCCUUGGAGGAUGCGGAUGAGCACACGCCUCCUCCGACACGUGUGAAGUCAAUCACCCCUUUUUUCGAGCUGCUGCGGAUGAAUCAUUGCCUGAGCAGCAUUACAGCGCGCUCGGAGGAAAGCACAGCGGCCAGGUUCCGAUACAUCCGCUCACAGACGCCUCGUGCCGCCCAGCGCCACCUUAAGUGUGAUGGGGAGAGAGCGCCAUCUAUCCACCCCAGAGGGAGCAGAGCCAAUUUUGCUCCCUCUAACGCCGGCAGCUGGUGGCAAAGCUGCAUGAGCGGGGGUUCGAACCUGCGACCUCCCGCUCAUAGUGGCAGCGCAUUAGACCGCUGGACCACUCGGCGCCCCAUGUGAAGUUUUGUUAAAACAAAAAAAACAUCACAGUACAUUUUAUAACACAGAGCAUGUAUUAGUGGGCAUUCUGAUUAUGGCACUUGAAAUAAAAACAUAUAUUUUAAUUCAGAAUUCUGAAUAUCCUAUUAUUUACUAUGUUGUUACAUCAUACAUCCUAAUAUUUGUGCAAGUUUAUGAGAAUCAAAAUGACAAAAUUGGAUUUUACUGGGAAAAACCUUUUACUAAGAAGUGUAAAUAUCUAAAUAAUUGCAUAUCUUCGCUGUCCAAUGAAAAACAAGUAUUUCCAUUUUUGUUGAUUUUUAGUUUACUACAUAAUUUGAACAGACAAACUGUGCCAACAGUUCUUGAUGGUGGACCAAUAGAAAUACUUCAAAAAUGACCAGAAAUAAACUCUUUUUACAUCCAGUUUAGACGGUUCUUUCUCUCUCCUGUAAAGUUGCUGUUUUGGAGAUGCUUAUUUUUCAUUGGACAGUGACGAUAUGUAGUUCUCAGUAUUAAACACAUGUAAAAUAUUUUCAAUGCAACCUAAAAAAACAAACUAAUAGAGACGUUAAAGAGCAGAAAACAACAACAAAAAAGAAAACAACUUUUUUUAUUAUUUCAUCCUCCUUUCUCAUAUUCACAUUUUUAUAAAAUUACAUUUUGUUAUCUUCACAGCAGUUGCUUUUCAUUUCAAAUUAUGGCUUAUCAGUGAGUGAACAGUCUUGGAAUAUAUAAGUAUGUGGCCAUAAACAAGUUAAGCAUUAUUGGCUGGUGUUGGUGCAACAUUUCCCCACAAUGCAUAUAUCAUACUCAAUAAUAUCUGUAAAAAAAAAUGUAUUAUUGUGAAAGAUAUUAUACCCUGAAAUAAUGUGCCAGAUCACCCACCCCUAAUUAUCACAUUAGGGUACUCAUUUUUUGCUUUUUUUUUUUUUUUU